AUGGAGGCCGGCUACUCCGAGAACACGUCGCUGAAUGUCAGCAGCGCAGCGGGACCCUCCAAGGCGACGGCCACCAGCAAGGCCAGCAAGAAGAAGACCAUCGAGCAGACAUACCAGAAGCUGACACAGCUAGAGCAUGUGCUGCUGCGCCCGGACACCUACAUCGGCAGCACUCAGCGCCAGCAGCAGCAGCUGUGGGUGCACGAUGGGGAGAGGCUGGUAAACCGUGCAAUCCAGGUGUCCCCCGGGCUGUACAAGAUCUUUGACGAGAUCCUGGUGAACGCCGCGGACAACAAGAUCCGCGACCCGACCAUGAGCACCCUGCGAGUGGACGUGGAUGAGCUGAACGGCAGCAUCAAGGUGUACAAUGAUGGCGCGGGCGUGCCUGUGGAGGUGCACAAGGAGCACGGCGUGCAUGUCCCCGAGCUCAUCUUCGGGCACCUGCUGACCUCUUCCAACUACGAUGACAAGGAGAAGAAGGUGACGGGUGGCCGCAAUGGAUAUGGCGCCAAGCUGGCCAACAUUUUCUCUAAAGAGUUCAUCGUGGAGACAUGCGAUGGUGCUCGCAAGCGGCGCUACAAGCAGGUGUUCAAGAAUAACAUGUCUGAGAAGGGCGAACCCCAAAUCACACCAUGCUCAUCCAGCGAGAACUGGACUUGCAUCACCUUUAAGCCUGACCUGGAGAGGUUCCAAAUGGCCGCUUUGGAGGAGGACACCAUCACUCUCUUCCGCAAGCGUGUAUACGACAUGGCAGGCGUUCUGGGCAAGACCGUCAAGGUGUCUUACAAUGGCAAGAUGCUGCCUGUCAGGGACUUCUCCGCCUACGUGGACAUGUACCUCGGAGACAAGGAGGAGGGUCCACCACGGUUCUACGAGCGCAUCAACGACCGCUGGGAGGUGGUAAUCGCGCAGUCGGAUGGCCAGUUCCAGCAGGUGUCCUUCGUCAACUCCAUCUGCACCACCAAGGGCGGCACCCAUGUGAACGCCGUGGAGGCACAGGUCACCAAGCACCUGCUGGAGCUUAUGGCCAAGAAGCACAAACAGGCCACAGUAAAAGGGCACAUGGUGAAGAGCUACCUGUGGGUGUUCGUCAACUGCCUCAUCGAAAACCCGGCCUUUGACUCGCAGGCCAAGGAGACCAUGACCCUCCUAGCCAGCGGCUUUGGUUCCUCCUGCCACCUGUCGGAUGGGAUCCUGAAGAAGGUCGCCACGAGCGGCGUCGUUGACCAGAUCCUGCGUCUGGCAUCCUUCAAGGCGGACAAGGAGCUGAAGAAGGGGGAUGGAGCCAAGCGCUCCCGUCUCACAGGCAUUCCCAAGCUGGACGACGCCAACGACGCUGGUGGGCGCAAUUCGGCGGCGUGCACCCUCAUCCUGACCGAGGGAGAUUCGGCCAAAACCCUGGCCAUCUCGGGGCUCAGUGUUGUCGGCAGAGACAAGUAUGGCGUCUUCCCCCUCAGGGGCAAGCUGCUAAACGUGAGGGAUGCUGGGACUGCACAGAUCACCGGGAAUGCAGAGAUCCAAAACAUCAAGCAGAUCCUUGGGCUGCAGCACGGAAAGGCCUACACUGACGCCAAGAGCCUGCGGUAUGGUCACCUUAUGAUCAUGACCGAUCAGGAUCAUGAUGGCUCUCACAUCAAGGGUCUGAUCAUGAACUAUUUCCACCAUUUCUACCCAAGCCUCCUCAAGGUCCCGGGGUUCCUCGUGGAGUUCAUCACGCCCAUCAUCAAGGCCACUAAGGGCAGCCAGUCCAAGUCAUUUUACACUAUGCCCGAGUACGAGAGCUGGUGUGAGGAGGGGUCUCGCCGUGGAUGGAAAAUCAAGUACUACAAGGGUCUGGGUACCUCGACGGCCCAGGAGGCCAAGCAGUACUUUGCGGGCCUGGCGCACCACCGCAAGGAGUUUGUCUGGGAGGGCGAGGAGGAUGGCACGGCCAUCGAGAUGGCCUUCUCAAAGAAGAAGGUGGAGGACAGGAAGGACUGGCUGCGCUCCUUUGUCCCCGGCACCUUCCUGGACCACACCGCCGACACCAUCUCCUACUCCGACUUUGUGCAUAGGGAGCUCAUCCUCUUCUCCAGGGCUGACCUGGAGCGCUCCAUCCCCUGCAUGGUGGAUGGCCUCAAGCCCGGCCAGCGCAAGAUCCUCUACGCCUGCUUCAAGCGUAACCUGAAAUCCGACAUCAAGGUGGCCCAACUCGCGGGCUACGUCGCCGAGCACUCGGCCUACCACCACGGAGAGGCCUCAUUGCAGGGCACCAUCGUGGGCCUGGCCCAGGAUUUCAUCGGCUCCAACAACAUCAACCUGCUUGUGCCCCAGGGUCAAUUCGGUACUCGGCUCCAGGGUGGUAAGGACGCUGCCAGCGCUCGAUACAUCUUCACCCGUCUGGCCCCUCUGGCCCGCAGCCUCUUCAACGAGUCGGACGACAGACUCCUGGCCUACCUGAACGAGGAGGGCCAAGGCAUCGAGCCGCAAUGGUAUGCUCCCAUCCUGCCGAUGGUGCUAAUCAACGGCGCUGACGGUAUCGGGACUGGGUGGUCCACCUCCAUCCCCAACUACAACCCGGAGGACAUUGUGGACAACCUGAGGCGCCUGCUGGAGGGCGAGGAGCCGGUGCCCAUGAAGCCCUGGUACCGUGGGUUCACGGGCACCAUUGAGGAGGUCCCCGGCAAGACCAGCGGCAAGUCCUACCAGGUGACAGGCACGAUCCGGCAGCUGGACGAGACCACGCUGGAGAUCACGGAGCUGCCCAUCCGCAAGUGGACCCAGGACUACAAGGAGUUCCUGGAGGAGCUGGUGAAGCCGGAGGACCGCGCGGCGGUGCCCUUCAUCACCGACUACCGCGAGCACCACACUGACACCAGCGUGCGGUUCGUGGUGACGCUGACCGAGGCCAAGAUGCGCGAGGCGCUGGCCGUGGGCCUGGAGACCAAGUUCAAGCUGACUACCAAGAUCUCCUGUGGCAACAUGAUGCUGUUCAACCCCGACGGCGUCAUCCAAAAGUACGACUCGCCGGAGCACAUCCUUCGAGACUUCUUCGACCUGCGCCUGGAGUACUACUCCCGCCGCCGCGCAGCCCUGCUCAAGGCAGCGGAGGCCGACCUGCUGCGCAUCUCCAACAAGGUCCGCUUCAUCCUGGCGGUGGUUGGCGGCGAGCUCAAGCUGUCCAACAGAAAGCGCGGCGACAUUGAGGCUGAGCUGGAGCGCGAGGGGUACGACCGCCUGCCCUCGGCCAAGAAGGCGCUGGCGGUGGCCGCCACAAUGGGAGAGGAGGAGGAGGAGGAGGAGGGCGGCGCGUCGGCAGGCAGCUACGAGUACCUGCUGUCCAUGCCCCUGGCCAGUCUGACGCACGAGAAGGUGGAGGCCCUGCAGGAAGAGACCGAGGAGAACCGGGCCACCGUCGCCCGCCUGCACGCCACCAGCAACCGCGAGAUGUGGGCUGCAGACCUCGAGGCCUUUGUCGAGCUCUGGAGGGCGCUGAUCGACGAGGACACGCGGCGUACAGCCGUGCUGGUCAAGCAGCAGGCCCAGGCCCGCAAAAAUUCCAAGGCGGCCGCCUCCAAAUCCAAGAAGAAGGCCAACGUCUGGUCGGAGGACGAGAGCGAGGCGGAUGACGAGUCGUCAGCCGCCAGGAAGCUGGCCGUGCCGGAGGCCGAGGAGGCGCCCUCCCCCGUGGUCAAGCCCAAGGUCGCACGCAUGCGGCCCAGCCCCUUCCACAAGGGAUCAGGAUUGGGCAAGAGCAGCGCGGGGCCCUCCCCCUUGGCCAAGGGCAAGCCCGCCGCCAAGAAGAAGCAGGCGAACAGCGAGUCCGAGGCGGAGAGCGAGGACGGCGUGGAGGCAAAGUACACCGUGGAUGACGACAGCAGGUAUGAGUUGUUCGUGCUGGAGCGGGGUGGUGAUCGCUGA